ACAUUGAUGUAGCGAGUUGCAGUGCUGUUACAUAAAAAGUUUAUGAUGGCAGGCAACAGCGACAUCAGAAGACGAAGUGGCAUCAAACCAAAAGGGAAAGAUGCAGAACAUGGUGAUGGCGAUCGCAAAAAGAAAGCCAAUGCACCUGGUGGAGCGGGAAUGAUUUUUGGACUUGUUCUGGUUAUUGUUGUGGCUUGCGGUGUAGGAUAUUUUGCUUAUUUGCAGUAUUGCAAAGGCAUCGUUAACACGCCCUUAGCAGUGUCUAAAAUCAACGCAGCCAACAGCUCAAGCGCUCUAGUCGACCCGGAUAGAUUCUGGGGAACCUAUCGGUCAAAUCUGUACUUUGGAAUGAAAACCAGAACUCCUCGCUCACCGGUGUUUGGACUUAUGUGGCUACAGCAGUUGACAGAGAAGAUGCCACCUCCAAUUCGACAUUGGUGUGAUCAGGAUGACCAGUUGAGGAAAUAUGGAUGGCUGAAACACGACGGCAGGAAUUUUGGUAUUCAAGAAAUUGAAGAAAAUGGUUUUGUUCUAAGAACGGAAUUCGUUAAAAGAGCAGGUGGAUUGCACGGAGGAGACUGGUCUGCGAGAGUUGUAGCGACAAAUUUGGAUCAGAAGAAACCUGUUGUACUAUCACUGAUGUACUAUGUUGCCCUGGAUGGUCAAGGUCACUUAGAACCUGAGAUGACAAGAAACAGACUAAGUGCCAUCAGAGGUUAUUCCGAGGAACUUGGUGAUUUCACUUUACAUUUUCCUAAAACAAAAACAAAGACACAGACUAAAUAUAAUCAUCUAAUAACAUAUACAUCACGACUGGAUCAGCUGAAAAAUGUAGUCACCAACGCAAUGAAGGUGGAUGCUUGGGACAAACAACGCACUCAGCCUUACUUUGUACUUGGUGGUCGCCUUGUACCACGUGACAGUCCUGGAGGUCCUAACUUUAUGGUCCAACAGAUCACAGUUCAACUGCCAUUUGAAAUGGAAAUUAUCUUUGAAUCUGGAAGUGUACAAGACAGACCUGAUACUUUGUCUGAUGAAAUAUUUUUAAAAGAAUUGGCAAAGUAUUCACAAGCAUUUGAUGAAAAAUUUUCUGCCACUUUUCAUCUGGAGGGUAAGGGAUAUGGUCAGGAUGAAAGUAAUUUUGCUAAAGCUGCUCUCAGCAAUAUGCUUGGUAGUGUUGGCUAUUUUUAUGGAUCAUCCAUCGUCCAGUCUCGCUAUAAUGAAGAUCCUGUUGAAUACUGGCCUGCAGCGUUGUAUAGUGGGGUACCUUCACGGUCGUUUUUCCCUCGUGGUUUCCUUUGGGACGAAGGAUUUCAUAAUCUCCUCAUUAGCAGAUGGGAUAUAGAAAUUUCAAAGGACAUCAUUUCUCAUUGGCUAGAUUUAAUGAACACAGAGGGAUGGAUUCCAAGAGAGCAAAUUCUUGGAGUUGAAGCACAAGCAAGAGUACCGAAGGAAUUUGUUGUUCAGAGAAACGAAAAUGCAAACCCACCAACUUUAUUUUUGCCACUUCAAAGAAUAAUCAAUCAGAUAUCAUCUUCAAGUGAUCCUAAGGAUAAACAAUUUAUGAAGUUUGUUUUCCCACGUCUGAAAGUGUGGUAUAAUUGGUACAAUUCAACACAGACAGGCAAACUACCACUCACCUACCGAUGGAAGGGACGGGAUCCAAAAACAAACAAGGAACUGAACCCCAAAACUCUUACUUCUGGCUUGGACGAUUACCCUAGGGCCUCACAUCCCACGGACGAUGAACGUCAUGUUGACCUUCGAUGCUGGAUGGCAUUUGCUUCAGGACUAAUGGUGGAUAUUGCUGAAGCACUUGGGGAAGAUCCAGCAGAGUACAAAGCUACACAUCAACUGUUAACUGACAAUAAAUUGCUGAAUGAACUACACUGGUCCACCCAAAAGCAGCAAUACUCAGACUAUGGUCUUCACACAGAUAGAGUCCAAUUACAACGUCCCAAACCUCCGAAGAAUCUGCAGCCAGGACAACCACAACCACAGCUUGACAAGAUCAGAGCUGUGUCGAAGGAACCAGAGUAUAAAUUUGUUGACACUUUUGGUUAUGUUAGUCUGUUUCCUUUCCUACUUAGAAUAAUAGAUGCCGAUUCUGUUAAGUUAUUUCAGACAAUGGCAAAAUUACAAAAACCAGAAUAUCUCUGGACUGAUUACGGACUGCGAUCAUUGUCUAAAAGUGCCUUUUUAUAUAACAGAUACAACACAGAACAUGACCCGCCAUAUUGGAGAGGUGCGAUUUGGAUAAACAUGAACUAUUUAGCAUUAGGUGCUCUUAACCACUAUUCUGUUACUCCUGGAAAAUACCAAGACCUGGCAAAGUCUACUUAUAAAAGUUUACGUCAAAAUGUCGUACAGAACAUUUUUAAGGAAUACAGGAGGACAGGCUAUAUAUGGGAACAAUAUAGUGAUAAAUUUGGCUCUGGAAAGGGGAGUCAUCCAUUCACAGGAUGGUCAGCUCUUGUAGUCUUAAUCAUGGCUGAAGAAUACUGACCAAUCAUGCUAAAACUGACCACUCAGGACAAAAACUGACUACUCACUUUCAAUACUGAUCACUCUCAUUUUUGCUUCACACAUAACCAGAUCACCAAUGUUUUGCAUGUGAUUAUAUUAAACUGAUUGUAAUAUGACACUUAUUUUAAAUCAUGAAUCAUUUUUGUUGAUUUCUUGUUUGUUGGGACCACUGCCAGAUUUUUUUAUAGUGGUAUUACACUGAAAUGUCUUAAUCUGAACACAACACCAUGACACCCCUACCAGUGACAUUAUAUUAACCAUGAACCAUAUCAAACAGCAGGAAGGGAUGAAGUACUGUUUUAAAGACUGGUACUCCACAGCUUGGAGACAAAACCCAUGACCUUCCUCAUUCAUGUUCCAUUCAUUUCUCUUUACAAGUGGACUAAAGCAGUCGGUGGAAUAAGUUCUGGUUUCAUGAUCAGUAAUUGAAUAAUGCAUAAUA